AUGGGAGAGAAAGUACCUUUCUGUACAAGGAAUUUGCUCAUGUUCCUUUUCAUCCUUUUUUCUGUGGCCUGUUCGUUGGCUAGUGCACAAAAAUGCAACCCUAGUGGGAAAAUUAGAGGAAAGAAAGCCCCGAAAAACCAAUGCAACAAAGAGCAUGAUUCGGAGUGCUGCAUAGAAGGCAAGGUUUACGACACUUACGAGUGCUCUCCACCCCUGGUGAAGGGACGGACUAAGGCGACUCUGACCUUAAACAGCUUCGAGAAGGGUGGAGAAGGAGGCGGGGCUUCGGAAUGCGACGGGAAAUUCCACUCUGAUAAAACAAAGGUAGUGGCGCUGUCCACCGGAUGGCUGAAGAAAAACGCAAAAAGGUGUAAUAAAAACAUUAUUAUUCAUGCAAAUGGGAGGAGUGUGAAAGCCAAGGUAGUGGAUGAAUGUGACUCUACAAAGGGGUGUGAUUCUGAGCAUGAUUUUCAGCCACCGUGCGCAAAUAAUAUCGUAGAUGCUUCUCCUGCAGUUUGGGAAGCAUUGGGGGUGCCAAAGAAGGAUCGGGGGUUGAUGGAGAUUUUCUGGGCUGAUGCGUGA